AUGGCUACUACAUGCUUAAAAAAAACAUUUCUCAAAGAGCCAAAAGUGAUUGUGACAGAUCAAGAUACUGCAAUUUUACAAGCAGUACCAGCUUUGGGAAGUCAUAUGGCAAAAACUGAUGUUUUGAAAAAGUUGAGUGAUCUAAUUUGGAAUGAAACAAUACUCAAAGAAGAUUUUGAAUCAACAUGGAAAAACUUAAUGGAUGAGUUUCACUUAAAUAAAAACAAUUGGUUUAACGAGAUAUAUGAAGCUGAAAAUUAUUUCUAUGGGCUACUCUCUAACUCAGAUUUGCAUUUGAUUGAAUUUUCAACUCAUUUUGAUAAUGCAUUAGAAGGACAAAGAUGCAUUCAAAGAAAAAAUGAUCAUGAUUCAAGAUACACAAAACCGGAUUUUAAAACGGGAUUGAAACUUGAAAAUGAAGUAGCUGAAUUCUUCACAAGAAAUGUUUUCUUUGAUAUUCAAUUAGAGAUUCUUGCAUCAAUGGUUAAAAUUUUAAAUCGGAUAAAAAACUUCUUUGUUCUUGCUUCAAAUUUGAAUUGA